GGCUUCUAUAGUUGCUGCGGCUGGCAUUCUGUCCCAUGUAUAUGCGGUCAGCAUCCCCUGUUUGCGCAAUCUCGUAGAUCUUCCUCCCGCAAAACUCCAUUCUGAGCGUCACAUGGUGCAUGGAGGUCGUCCGCCCAUAGAAGAAGGAAGUCUUCAAGUUUAGUAGCGAGAUCGUUGUUCUGUGGACAUCUAUUAAUACGUGGGAAGACUUUAAGAGACGAACGGGAUGUGCCAACACGUCGGGUGCGAACACUUUUCCGAAAAUACCCGACCGAGCACUGCAGACUGCUGUACUACCAUUCAAUUCCCGCUGGAGUCCGUCUGAAGCAGAAGGAAUUUAGGGGUGGUGUUAUUUCACAGAAGUGGAACAGCCGCGCUUAAGAUGUCAUCAUUGAAGAGAGGUGCAGGGAUGAACGGGGGAGAAGGCCUGGUAAUAGUCAUCAUGGGGGUCUCAGGUGCGGGUAAAUCGACAAUAGGAGAGCUUCUAGGCAGGAAUCUGAACUGUCCAUUCAUCGACGCAGACGACUUUCAUCAAGCAGAGAACAAGGACAAAAUGCGGAACGGGAUUCCCCUGACCGAGGAUGAUCGAUUACCAUGGCUCGAGAAAUUGCGCGACGCGAUGGCAGAUUACAUCAGUGAGGGCAAAAUUGCCGUACUAGCUUGCUCCGCACUUCGACAGAGCUACAGAAGCAUUUUGUGCUCGGCAGCCGAUGGCCCUUCACCUGAUAACACGAAGAGGGUGAUGUUUGUCCACCUGAUAGGCAGCAAGGAACUUUUUGAGUCCAGGCUCGCAGCCAGGCAUGAAGAAGGCAAACAUUUCAUGCCUCCGAGUCUUCUGCAAUCUCAGAUAGAACUUUUGGAGGACGAUGAGAAGGACAGUAGAUCGAUUAUUGUUUCUGCCGACGCAAGUCUCAGUCCCCAAGCCAUUGUCGAUCAUAUAAAAAAUGCGUUGUCCGCCAGGCUUCAUGGCUGAGAAGCCUGUUAGGGUGUUCUUUGAUCGUUCUGGAUUUGCUCUCAUCAUCUUCGUCUUGACAUCCAAUUAGCCUUUUCUCGUAGCACCCUCGAUUUUUACUCAUCGGAACUCUCAUCCAAAAUCAUUCUUUAUCGGUCAAUGUACUGUACUGUGUGUUUGUCACCUGUAAGAAUUCAAACUGGUUCAAUUUCUUGUCAGUUACCGAUAUUUUCAGCCACUCAAUCUUUUAGUCCUCACAAAUGGAAUGAGAGAUUGUUUAAGGGUUUAGUUUUCGGGUUUGGUGUUUACUUUGGUUUCAGUUUCUACAGUCAUAGCUGUCCACUUAUCACUUACGAAUAGUUCUUAAUUUUCUUAUGUAUUGUCAUUAGUAUGUUGAUUAACUUAGACAAUCAACAUAUCAGCAUGGGAAAAUCAUAUUCAACUAAUAACAUCACACUAGGUGUC